CCCGUGGUCCCACCCAAAUUGGAGCCACCUUGUAAACGACCCGUGGUCCCACCCAAAUUGGAGCCACCUUGUAAACGACCCAAACCAGAGACCCACCCUACAUUACCGGAGGACUGUACUGUUCCAUCAGUGAGUGUUGAACAUUCAUACUCCGUUCCACCUUCUGUGUCUGCACUGACUGCAGACCACACGUACACACGAACAACAUCACCCAAGACCCCCACAGCUGCCACAGAUUUUCAAGAGCCAGAUUCUGGUCGGUCAUCCCCAACUACAACCUCAGAGCAUCCCAUGGUUCCAGAGGAAGAGGUCACUAUAGAGCUGCCAUUAUCCCAUGUGAAGUGCCCUCAAUGCCCCACUGUUCUGUACAAGAGGAAUUUGUUUUUACAUAUACAAAGAAAACAUGGUCAACCUAAAGAUAUCACAGCAAAAUCUCACUUAAAAAGCAUAUGUGUUGACCCAAGUAAUGGCCUCUACGCAGUCCGAAAAACGGCUUGUGGCUUCAGUGUCCCAGUACAUGUGCAGCGCAAGACAUGGGGCCAGCAACAUGUCACGAAAUGUGAAAUGGAAGAUUGUCGGCAAUACCACCUGCUUGCGCAAAGGACUGGCCUCCCUCACGGCCUGUGCGAUCAUAUUCGUUCUCUGGAUUAUUGCAGCGCCACUGCCACCGAGGAACCACUGCACCACCAAGUCCUCCAGGAAAUGUUGGAAAACCAUAUUUUUUGUGACUCCAAAGUGGAAGUGUGCAAAAAGAGGCAAAGAGAAGCAGAGGAAGCACAUGUCCCCUUGUCUAUGUUGGUGGAACUUGGUGGUUCUGAAAAUUAUAUUUGCCUUUCCAUUUAUGAACCAGAGUUAUACCAUUACAGCACAUUAGGGAGAGUCAUAGUAACACAUAACAUUACAAAAAACACCUGGCAUUGUCCCUGUGCCAAAGCACAUGCAUCUUGUACUCAUAAAUACAUUGCAAAGUGGCACCUUUUCGAAAAAAAUAAACACCUUUUCAUGACUGCGCCACCAACAACUACAUCACCGGUAGCAACUCACCCUGUCAGUCACCCUACUGCAGAGACAGAACUGUGAGGUGUGUAUGAGCACAAAAAAAUACCCACCACCCUCCCUGAAGAGGCCACAGCCCGCAGAGCUCCCACAGAUUUCCCUCAGCAAUUGUUUCCCAAUGAAACAACUUUGGUUGGGUUAGGAAACGACCGGCAGGAUUCUACCAUAAAACGGAAAUAAAAAGUUAAAAAAACUCGCUGCACGGAGAAGAAACUUGGUCAGCUUCAUCAGAUGACGAAACCACAGAAGAAGAUCCAAUGGAGCAGUUUUUUGAUCCAAACUUCGACGGGGAGAAGAAGAUCUACGCCGGCUCCUCGGUCUCCGUGGGCGCCCUCCUCCUCCUCCUGCUGACCUUCAUCCUGAAGCACGGCCUGACCAAGGCGGCGAGCAAAGACCUGCUGGACCUGCUGAACAUCCUGGUGCCCGGAUGUGUCCCCAAGUCUCUGCGCUUCCUCAAGAAACACAUGACCGAGUACAAAAGCAAGACGGAGACUCACUUCUACUGCCCCAAGUGUGCCAACUACCUGGGCGUUGAACCCGGGACCGAGUGCGAGGUGUGUCAGCAGAGCUUCAGCAGGGAGGGGCUGCUCGAACGGGCCUUUUACUUCCUGGUGAUGCCGCUGGAGAUCCAGCUGAGGAGCCUCCUGGCGCGCGUCCACACCGAGCUGGGGCGGCACGUGGCGAGGGACGGCUGCAUCUCCGACGUCGGCACCGGCAGCGAGUCCCGGCGCGAGCGCCAGAGCGACAGCAUCACGCUCGCCUUCAAGUGCGACGGCUUCCCGCUGCUGCGGUCGUCCAGGUCCUCGGUGUGGACGGUGAUGUGCACCGUCAGCGAGCUGCCGUACGUGGAGCGCUGCAGGAACGUGCUGCUGCACACGCUGUGGUUCGGCCGCGGGAAGCCGCAGAUCCAGAACCUGCUGACGCCGUUCAUCAACGAGUUCCACCAGCUGUCCGGGGACGGGUUCCGCUGGGCGGACGGGACCGGCACCGAGCGCCACACCCGGGUCACUGCCAGAAUCUGCGUGUGCGACCCGGCGACCAUGCCGGUGAUGCAGAACUUCCAGCCGUGCGGCAGCGAGUUCGGCUGCGGGUUCUGCUACCACAAGGGCGAGGUGGUGCAGCGGGGGCGGGACUGCGCCCGGGUUUACCCCCUCCAGGCGGACGGGUGCGACCUGCGCCACAUGGCGGAGACGGAGCAGCUGGUGGAGCUGGUCAUCGAGCACGGCUACGAGCAGGGUCAGAUGGGGGUCAAGGGUCCCAGCCCGCUGCUCCUGCUGCCGUCCUUCGACAUCAUCAAGGGCUUCGUCCCCGAUUACAUGCACUGCUUCUGCCUCGGCGUCGUCCCCGAGUUCGUCAACCUCUGGUUCAACCCCCUUCACGCCAAAAAGCCCUUCCACCUGACGGCUCAGCGGCUGCGUGACCUGGACCAGGUUCUGGCCGCAGUCGAGCCUCCGGACGAGGUGAGGCGGAGCCCGCAGCGCCUCGCCGAGCGCACGCACUGGCAGGCGUCUGACUGGAGGGCCUUCGGCCUGCUCUACUCCCCGCUGGCGCUGAGGGGCGUCCUGCCGCCGCCCUACUACGAGCACUGGAUGCUGCUGGUGUCGGCGCUGCACGUGCUGCUCUCGCCGUCUGCCUCCCACGAGGAGCUGGGCGCCGCAGAGCUGAGCCUGGUCCGGUUCGUGGCGCAGGUGCAGGCGCUGUACGGGCUGGAGAACUGCUCGUUCAGCUGCCACCUGCUGACGCACCUGGCGGAGGCCGCCCGCGACUGGGGGCUGCCGUGGUCCCACACGGCCUUCGUGCUGCAGAACCGGAGCCGCCGGCUGCUGCAGAUGCACGCGGCGGCGCGCGCGCACAUCUUCACGCGCUUCUUCCUGUUCGAGGACGUGAUGAGGAGAGGCGGCGCGGCGCUCAGAGACGCCGGCGCAGAGGUGCGGGACCUCUUCUCCUCCAUGACGGACUGCGACGUCGCCACGAUGGCGUCAGGAUCCAGCGAGCAUCCCGUGACUCUGGGAUGCAGCUCUCAAAGACCUCUCAGCGCGCGGGAAAGGUCGGCGCUGCAGACGGACGCCGCGUGGCGCGGACGACACCAGGACUGCGUAACCGAGUACAAGUGUUUGGUCUACAACAACAUGCUGGUUACCACGCGGGACCGCAGCGCCGCGUGCAGAAGGAACAACUCGGUGCUGGAAACGAGCGGCGGCUUCGUGGUGGUGGAGUCCGUGGUUGCCAUGGCGACGCCGUGCGGCUGCGGCGGGGAGCCCGUCUGCUCCUGCAGGGACCCGGUGCUCCUCUGCAGGAAGCUGCUGCCGGCCAGCGGGCCGUCGGAGGACCAGGACGCGCCGCCCAACACGGACCUCUCCAAGUUCCUGGUGGCGGUCCGGAGCUCGGAGGAGAUGUGCGCCGUGGCGUGCGCAGACAUCGCUGCUAAGUGUUUUGUGAUGGAGCGGGAGAGUCAGCUGUACGUCAUGAGGAUGCCCAUGUUUGAGACGCAUUGAAAGAUCUAAGCUCUAAAAGGUGUUAAACUUUUGUAAUUGUUCGUGUUUGUAAUCACUGUUGGUGAAGCUGAACACUACGCAUGUCUCUUUACAGCUAUGGGUGGGCUGUUGUACGACUUCCAGGUAUCACUGUUAUUGCCCACGUGAGCUGAGUUGAAGUCCCCCAGUAGAACGAUGGAGUCCCCAGUUGGAGCAUUAUCCAGUUCUCCUCCCAGGGACUCCAAGAAGGCCGGGUACUCCGCACUGCUGUUGAAGUGAAGGGUGAAGGAAGUCUCUGCGGAGACCGCUUCCCCCGCGACGCGCUUAUCCGUUAGCGGCGGAAAAUGGAUGGAUGUUGUACGACUUAACUGUGUAACGCCAUCCCAUCAUGUGAGCUUCCUGUUUUGGGCGGUUACUUUGCACACUUGUACAAGUCCAUGUUUUAUAACGUCUGUAAAUCAGACCGGAAGGUUCUGAGACCAUGAGUGGCGAUGUUUCUUUUUACUUUUUUAUUUCUCUUUAAUGCAAAACAAUGAAAACAAAUGUUAAUUUUAGUUGAAAUUGUCCAGAUUUCAGUUCAGGGUUUUGUUAUUGUUGUUUCAGCUGUGAUUGCGGAGCGUGAAUCUGUUCUGAUCAGUGGCGGCUGGUCAGUAGGGGGCGCUAGGGCGCCGCCCCCAUCAAAUCAAGAGAAGAAGAAUACAAAUAAAACAAAAAACAUGUAAUAUGCACAUAAUUAUUAAAACAAGGUGUUAUUUCAGUCUGUGGGUGACUGUCAAGAGUAAUUAAAUGUUUAAAUAUUUAUUUGGUUCCAAAAUUUGAUUUACUUAUGGAAGUAAGGGGCGUCGGUCAAACAGAAUCCAGUGUAAACUCUCCAACAUUUGAUAUAUAUAUAACAUUUUCUUUUGAAAUAUUUGUUGAUCAAAUAUCUGAAAGAAAGGAACAUUAUCUUUCCAGACAGAACAAUGGAAAUGUUAAUAGUUUUUCUUCUCUCUAAUAUGUAAAAUAAACUGAACCCAAACCAGGAAGAAAAGAACAAAUCAAAAUAAUAGUGGACUUUUUCCACUGCAGCAGAACUGAACUGCUUCACUAACCCUAACCCUAAAACUUAUGACCAAUAAGCCAUUGUUGUUGGUUGGUUACAUUUUUCAAAAUUAAAGGACCAAAAUAUUAUUUUCUACCUUUUCUUUUUUCCCCAUUGUUCCAACUUGUACCUAACCGUGACUUCUGUGUUUGUUACACCCUUAUAUAUGCCACGGUCUAUUGCGCCGCCCAAAAAUUGUUUAGCACCAGCCGCCACUGGUUCUGCUGUGACGACCCAGACGGGUCAACGUUCCCUUCAUUCCUGUGAAGAGGAGAAGAUUCUCGUGAAUGUAAAAGUGGGCUGGAACUUGAGGACGUCCACUUGAUCAGAACUGAUUGUUUUUAUUUGUUAUUUAUGUGUUUUGGGUUCGAUGUGCACGUGCUGGGACAUGGUCCUCCUUUCUGUCCCGGUUAGAAAGUUUAGAUCGCUGGUUUAGUCGUUUCUUAUGAGGAAUGUGCCUUUUCUUUUGUACUCUGGCCGCACGGCGUUCACACUUUAUGUCAUGUGAAAUAAAAUAAAGACCUAAGUUAUC